UUGUAGCCACAAGAAGUGCGCCACGCUGCUGGCAGCAAACUGCAUAAACUAACCUACUACAGAAGGAGGGGUCGGAAAUGUGUGGUCUAGUUCCUGUCCCCUUAAUUUUUAGGGACAAAGGGGCUCAUUCUCUGGCUGAACAGUGAGGAAUUCCUGGUGUAUCUCUCUCUCUCCCAAGGUUUUUGUGGCACUUCACAGCGAUAUGAUUCUAGCAUUCUGUUUAUCUGUUCUUGUGGGAUUGCUGCUGGGUGCUUUGGUCUACGUUCUGUUAACCUGGGCAUCCAGACGCCAGGCCACCGCCAGGAUCACCAGGCGCUCCAAAAAGAGAUCUGGCACUUCACAAAAAGACAACCCUAUGAGCAACCAGCUAGGCCUUUACAGAAGCACUUUUCUGAGCGUCUACAGACAGCCUUCUCUGGAGCCAGUGGGGCCACUGGGGAGUAAGCCUGGCGUAGAGACCUCCACCUUUCGCCCACUGCCCAAGAGAAGCAGGGCUGGCCUGGAGAUGGGAGAGGACACUCAGGUCGCCGUGCCUGAAGACACGGCAGCUUCGAACUCAUCAGAUUCAGCAUCCCUUGUGCCAAACAAGAGACAUUCCUUCUGGUUGGGCAACAACGGACUUAAAGGUUUCCUGCCCUCACAGACUCCCCCUCCUGCAUACGACAGUGUCAUCCAUGCCUUUGAAGAGACUUGCACUUGAAUCUGUCGCCAUCAAUACAGCAAUAACUGAAAAAGGAGAACUUCACAGGACUUUCUGGUUGUGUUCUGCUCUUUAUAAGGGACAAUGUUCUCUGUAUAUAGAGAGAUCAGACCUCUAUAGCAGUGUGUCCUUAAUUGAAUAUCAUAUUAAGAGAUAUAGAUUAAUGCAGAUAACAAUCCUUUUUAUUGAUUAAUUGGUUUAUCCAUUAAUCAGUUAGUUUCCCCAAUAGAAUGUCUCAAAAAAACAUAAAAUACCCAACAAGGUUUCACAGAGCCCAAUGUGACUUCUUCAAAUUCCCCAAAUAUUACAUAUUUCAUGAUGUAAAAUAGAGACAAGCAGUAAAUCCUAACACUGGAGACGAUACAUAAGCAGAUGUUUGGU